GGCACGGGCGCACGGCACGGCCCAUCACCCAUCACGUAUCGCUCCCUCCCUCGGCCCUCGAUCGUACGGCGCGAGCGUUGCGCUCCACGCCUUCCUCUUCCUCGUCUGGCAUCGCGAACCGCCGCACCCCACCCACCCGCCCACAGGCCACAGCCCACCCCCUUCUCCAGGUCUCUCCCCGGCGGCGGCGGGUGCGGUUCUCCGGCCAUCACCGUGCGCACCAGGAAAAACUAUGAGGAGGUACAGCCCCCCUUAUCGCAGCCCCCCCAGGAGGGGAUAUGGUGGCAGAGGAAGAAGCCCCCCUCCUCCCAGGAGGGGAUAUGGAGGACGCAAGGAGGGUAGUGGAAGCCUUUUGGUCCGCAACAUCCCAUUAAGUGUCAGAGCGGAGGAUCUUCGAGUUCCUUUUGAAAGGUUUGGCCCUGUUCGGGAUGUUUACAUUCCAAAGGACUAUUACUCUGGGGAGCCUCGAGGAUUUGCCUUUGUAGAGUUUGUUGAUCCUUACGAUGCCUCUGAAGCCCAGUAUCACAUGAAUCGCCAAGUUUUCUUUGGUCGGGAAAUAGCUGUUGUUCUUGCUGCUGAGUCACGAAAAAGGCCAGAAGAAAUGCGCAGCAGAACUAGAGUAAGAGGUUACUCUGGUCAUGAAGGUCGCCGGUCUUCUUACUAUGGUCGGUCUCGUUCUCGCUCUCCUCGCUAUCGGGGCCGUCCUCGGUCGAGCAGAUCAUACUCUCCUGCUCCAAGGCGGGGGAAUGACUACUCUGCCUCUCCAAGGAGACAGGAAGCCCAUCGCUCAUCUCCUCCCAGGCGCCUGCCAAAGGAGCAUGAUGAAGAUAAGAAGCGGAGGUCCUACUCUCCUGCCAGUAGAGAUGAUGCUGACAAUGUUUAUGAGAAGAGGUCGCCCCCAGCAGACAGCGAUGGAUCUCCUCUGCACCGCAGGUCCCCCAAGGAGUACUCGGGCUCACCUCCUGGAUCCCGCUCCAGGUCCGCCGACGAUUCUCCUGUUGCCAGUGACUGAUCGACCGAUGGAUGCUACAAUAUGAAUGGUAUGCGCAUGCGGUCAUCAGUCCUAUGUCUUUGUCAGACCGAGCUCACUAAACUUACCCCCCUUUGGGGGUCGAUGUUGUAUUGCUAAGUUCCGUUUGUGCUAAGUAUUAGCGCAUACUGCUAGACUGCCACUGUCGUCUGUGCUAUGCAUGCUUUUGAUCUCGAGUGAUGUUUGAGGAACCAGUGAUCGUGUUGAUGGUGCUGAACAUUGGAACCUGCAGUACAGUGUAGCAUGAUGCUUGCUUGCUGGGCCACGGCCCGUUCACUGGGACCUGUUGCGUUUC